AUGUACGAAGACCUACGUCUGCACCCAGCAGUCGGCAUGUCGCUCCCACGAGUCGUCCCCGCCGGCGGCAUCACAAUCGCAGAGAAGAAUCGUAGUCGGUGUCAACCAUGGGUAGUUCACCGCAGCGAGGAAGUCUACGGCGAGGAUGUCGAUGCUUUCAGACCGGAGCGGUGGAUGAAGGAGGACAACGGCGAUAUGCAUCGUUUCUUCUUCACAUUCGGAGGUGGUGCGAUGAUGUAUUUGGGGAGGAAUAUCAGUUGGAUGGAGAUGUCGAAGCCGAUACCGACUUUGACCUUGCAUUUUGAUAAGGAGCUGGCGGAGCCGGAGAAGCAAUGGAGGCUGAAGUGUUGGUGGUUUGUCAUGCAGCAGGGCGUGAACGUGAAGCUGAAGCCGAGGCGGAGGGAAGUAUGA